AUGCGAAAACGACAUUCAAAAGUCUCUAUCAAGGUUGUAAAUGCUGCACAUCUACUGUGUGCUCGAGGAGACAGUAAAAUUGCUCAAGAAAACAUGGAUUUGUUUCGGGAUAUAUGGCAAGAUAAGGUCCGGCUGUUAACUAUGGCGAUCGACUCGAUAAUGACACUUGAUGAUUUCUUAGCUGUCAGUGAAGCACAUAUUGUGGAGGACGCUAUGACUGGACUACAGGUUGUAAAUGCUGCACAUUUACUGUGUGCUCGAGGAGACAGUAAAAUUGCUCAAGAAAACAUGGAUUUGUUUCGGGAUAUAUGGCAAGAUAAGGUCCGGCUAUUAACUAUGGCGAUCGACUCCAUAAUGACACUUGAUGAUUUCUUAGCUGUCAGUGAAGCACAUAUCGUGGAGGACGCUAUGACUGGACUACAGGCCGUUCAUGAAGGCGAUGGUGACAUGUUAGAUAGAGCAUCCGGUGCCAUUCGAGGCAGAUCGCUAAGGGUAUGCUCAGCCGUUGACGCUGAAAUGGACGCCUUGCAACCUAGCGCAUACACAGAACGUGUGAAGUUAGCCACCAGGAGAUUGAGGGAUGAAAUGUUGAGUCAAUACGCUGUUCGCGCAGAAGCAGUUGUCACUCGAUUAGAGGCCACAGGAUCGAAUUCUACACAAGAAGAAAGAGAUCGCGACUCGGACGAGUUCAUCAAUGCAUGUACUUUGGUGCACGAUGCAGUGAAGGAAAUUCGAAAUGCUCUGCUGGUCAAUCGGCAUCCAGAAGAUGUUGACUCAGACAACGAGUAUGAAGAUGAUGGACAGACGAAUGCGCCUGAUAAUACUAGCAGGAUAUCGGAAGGGGAAAAUCAGCAGCGAAUUAUGCGUCGUUUGCCUGAGGAAGAUAAGAAGAGAAUACAGGAGCAGAUUGAUGUGUUUAAGGUAAAGUGGUGCCAGUAUAAUGCUUGAAA